CAUACUCCGUACGUAAUCGCACAUCCCACAACAGAACACUGUAUGGACGUAAAUAAGCUAUAAGACUUUAUUUCUAUUAAAAUAUCUGCAUUUUUUUUUUUAAACAUGGACGACCAGGAAAUGCAAUUGAAAGUAAAGCGAGUGACGGAUAAGUUCACGGAGAGUAUGUACGUGUUGGCUAAUGAACCUUCUAUAGCGCUGUAUCGCCUGCAGGAGCACGUGAGGAGGUCACUGCCCGAGCUGGUGCAACAUAAGACGGACAUGCAGAGCUGGGAAGAACAAAGCCAAGGAGCAAUCUAUACUGUGGAGUAUGCCUGCAGUGCUGUGAAAAGCAUGGCCAACAGCAGCCUCUAUUUUAAAAACAUCGAUGGAUUGCUGAAGCAAGCCAUUGCAACGAAGGAACACAUCAGCGGCACUCAAGGACGCAGUGGUGUACCUAAUCACAGUGACCCUCCACCACAUGACUCUUCCUCAUCAUCAUGACGCAUGGAAAACUAUAAGCAAGAAGAAGAACUGUGGAUCCUGGAAUAAUGAGAGAGACUUCUGAAAAGCAGAAUUCUGGGAUAUGAAUUACAGUUACGAGUGUCUUGAAUGGAUUCCAGAGGUGAACCUCACUCUGUCUGAGUGUGACGGCCUCUUGAAUUGUGACUUUGGCAACAUGACAGAGCCUCGAGAAGAGUGAAUGCAAAUGCUCUGCCAGGUUCUCCAUUACAGUGCUUUAUCAAGUGUGUGAAGGAAAGGAUUAUUCUCAGUCGUAUGUAAAUAUAUUCAAGUAGCUUUAAACCGUACUGUGCUCUUGUAUUACAAUGGGUUACUGUUUUUUUUUGUUUUUUGUUUUUUUUUAACGGAUUUUACAUUUCUUUGGAGAUUUUACAUGUAAAUGUAGUAUUAAAAUCUGACAAUGUUUGUUUUCAAUUAUUGUGACUAGAAGUAUUAUUGUUGCAGAGCUUUAGCUUUAACACUGAUGGCACUUACCACCCAGGUAAAAAGAAAUCCCGGCACAAAACAAGCCGAUAGCGACGUGCCGAAUGACCCUGCUGUCUGACAAGAACCACUCAGCCCUGAUGGAGGAACAAACAGAGGUCAAGUGCAAAAGAUUUCACUCCAGUCACUUUUUGGGUGAAAACAUCAUUAAACAAUUAAAUAAUUUUUUUUUUUUAAUUAUGGAAGUUAAAAAUAUAACAUUUGUGAAAUAAUACACCAAUCAAAAACAUUAGGCAAAGUUAACAGGAAAAUAAAUUCAACAUGAUUUCA